UUGAUGACCGAGGUGGUGAAGAACAGUAACGUGGUUGAAGUCACAAACCAACCUGGCUUCCAGGAAAGCCUGGAAACCUUACAGCAGAGGCUGUUGUUGUGCGAGAAAGCGCUUUCCGAGUAUCUGGAGAUCAAGAGGCUCACCUUCCCCAGGUUUUACUUCGUAUCCUCCUCAGACCUGCUGGAGAUCAUCUCCAAGGGAGCACAACCCAGACAGGUGACCAGACAUUUGUUGAAGCUGUUUGACAACAUAGCAGAUCUUCGCUUCAAGGACUCUGAGAAGGGCGGAGGACCUGCGGAGGAUGGAGCAGCAGUUGCCAUAGGGAUGUACAGCCGUGAAAGAGAAUAUGUUUCAUUCUCAGAGCCGUGUGUGUGUGAGGGACAGGCAGAGUGUUGGCUGAGUGCCUUAGAGACCACAAUGCGCAGUACAGUUCAAAGGGAGAUACAGGAAGCUGUAGCUGCGUAUGAAGAUAAACCGCGGGAUCAGUGGCUCUUUGAUUACCCUGCGCAGGUUUGAUGAUGACAACUGGAAAAAAAGUAAUUCUAAACCACAGACAUGAUCUGUUGUUCUCCUCAAACAGGUAGGGCUAACGGGUAGUC